CCUGAAGGAAACCCAGACGUCACCGGCAACGGCGCCGCUUCUGCCCUUCAACGCUGGAGUUGUUCCUCCUCACACGCUAAACACCAUCGCGUCAACAGUUCGCCCACGACUUUAAAAGCAGCUUGAGGAUUAUUCUCGUUUUAUUCCUCCGUUCGGUGUUUCCGGGUCUAGUCCAUCGCGGGAAUGGAGUGUCGUGUGUUGUCAAUCCAGAGUCAUGUUGUCAGGGGAUACGUCGGGAACAAGUCUGCUACGUUCCCUCUGCAGGUGCUGGGCUUUGAAGUGGACUCCAUCAACUCCGUUCAGUUCUCCAAUCACACAGGCUACGCCCACUGGAAAGGGCAAGUGCUGACAGCAGAAGAGCUGAAUGUGCUGUACGAGGGCAUUAAGCUCAACCAGGUCAACCGCUAUGACUACAUCCUCACAGGGUACAGCAGAGACUCGUCCUUCCUGGAGACGGUGGUGGACAUUAUUCAGGAGCUGAAGAAGGCCAAUCCCAGCCUGGUGUACGUUUGCGAUCCUGUCAUGGGAGACCACGGUGCCAUGUACGUUCCAGAGUACCUGCUGCCAGUCUACAGGGACAAAGUAGUGCCUUUGGCCGAUAUCUUAACCCCCAACCAGUUUGAAGCAGAGCUGCUAACUGGGAGGAAAAUCACCACAGAGGAAGAUGCGCUUGAGGUGAUGGACUUGCUUCACAAACUGGGCCCAGAGACCGUAGUCCUCACCAGUACAGACCUGCCAUCAAAACGUGGGGACCAGUUCCUGGUGGCCCUCGGGAGCCAAAACAUAGUGAAAGCAGAUGGGACCAAAACCAGCCAGAAGAUCUGCAUGGACAUGCCCAAAGUAGAUGCUGUGUUCGUGGGGACAGGAGACCUGUUUGCUGCCAUGUUGCUGGCCUGGACUCACCAUCACCCUAAAGACCUGAAGGCUGCCUGUGAAAAGACUGCUUCUGUCAUGCACCAUGUCAUUCGGAGGACCAUGACGUAUGCCAACGAGAUGGCCGGCCCGGGGAAAAGGCCCAGCCCUGCACAACUGGAGCUGAGGAUGGUUCAGAGCAAAGCCGACAUCGAGAACCCUGCCGUUGUGCUGGAAGCUAGGGUUUUAUAAAUGUCUUCCCGCUGAAGGCGGUAGCGUCUCCCCGGACGUUGACAUCUUGCUGGUAAAAAAAAAAAUCAACUCUGAAAUCAAAUGUGGGCGGGCCGCCACACGCGUUUAGGAUCGCCACAUCGAAGACUCCCGUGUCUCUGCCUGACAGAAACUCUGAGGAAGUAAAACAAUGUUUUCAUGAGCGCCUUCAGCAGGGUCUGUUGAUAUGUACAUUCUGCUCACAGACACACUGGAAUCAGUGCCAUAUGCUACUAUGGUCUGUGUAAACAGCAUCUGCCAAUCAAUAGAAAAAACACACUAUUAGACAACUGGCUUUAGGUCUGAAGAUAGUUUAAGUGUACUUCAAUCCUGGACAUCAUUAAAAUGUUGUAAAAACAACUCAUAAAAAGACACAUCUGAUGCAAAUAAUAUGUAUUCUCUAGUUUCCUUAGCCCAAGUUGUUUCACUGCAAUUGCAAUUUAAUGAUAAUCAUCAGAAUAGUUGUUGACUAAAAUUGUUCUUUUAAUCAACUUUCUGAAAAUGUUUUUUAAUUAUGCAUUGAUGUCUUGAACUAGCAGAUGAAUAACAUGUUUAGAUCCAUGUCUUAAUCAUCUCAAAUUGAGGUAUUUGCACAGAUAAUCUUAAUAUAUUUCCUAAUGAUCAUUGUCUUCUUCUUUUCCUGUUGUCAUAUCCUAACUAAAGAGUCUGUAUGAGACACCAUCCUGUUUAUAGCCUUAAUGGGGGUUAGAAGAUGUUAGAAGAAGAACAUUGGUUUUGAAUGUUUUCAUGUACCAAUGUAAUAAUUGAUCCUCACGGAUGUUAUAAAUUUAAGUGCCAAACCUCGAGCUGCUGCUCUGACAGAAAAAACAACAACAUAACAGAAAUAAAUUAUUAAUAUUUUUACUGAA